AUGAAACUCGCCUCCAUCUUGGUCGCAGUCGGCGCAGCCAUGGCAGCUCCCGCGUCGGAUGACUCGAGCAACAUGUUGGUCGCCAUGGGCAAAGAUGCCCUCGACGCGCAAAGCUACUCUGAGUUCGCCAACUGCGUGAACGGCCUGGACACCGCCUACAAGGCGUAUGCAGACGCGGGUGUCCUCGUGGUCAUUCCACCAACCAGCCGUGCGAUCGACCCCGACGGCAAGGACAAGGAGCUGUGGAACUGCAUCCAGUCCUCCUCCAGCAAGGUCUCCCUCGCGGCUGAGUCGACCGAGUUCCACGACCCGGCCCAAGAGGCAAGUAUCGAUGCCAAGUCCAUUCAGCACGCCAAGGCCGUGAGCAUGGGCGUCACGGGGCAGAAGGAGGUCGGCCGUGUUGCUGCCAGGACGGACGGAUUGGAGACUCGCCAAGCAAACGUUUAUGCCGUUCACUUUUCAGAUCAUGCUGGCUGCCAAGGCGAUUUCAACCACUUCAACCUCGGCGCUUGCAUCAACUACUGGAGCGCCUAUGCCUCCACCAUGGCGGACAACCUGCACGCGACCAGGCGUCUGAGAUACACCGUCUGGCCGCACCACAACUGCGGCCAGGGAAACCAGAGAGUCGUUGAAAUCGCUCCGCGCACGUCCUCUGCCUGUAUUGACAGGACCACCUAUUCCUGGAGAGGAGUCCUUCUUUAG